ACACAUUAACGUUGAGCGGAAGUUGUUGAACACAGAAAAAACCAUUUUAGCUGUUUUAGAUUUUAAAAACUGGAUUAAAAACAUCGAAAUAAAAAUCGGUGCCAUAGAUUCACGCAAUGACAAUAAAAGAAUUUUUUGGCUGCGCGUUUCUGGCCUUUGGACCGGCAGUUUCGCUAUUUAUUUUUGUUGUCGGGAGGGAACCGAUUAGGGUAAUUCUCUUUAUUGCUAGUUCAUUCUUCUGGCUGAUUGCUCUGUUAAUAUCAUCUCUACUAUGGUUUGCUGUAGUACCUUUGCGAGAGAAACUUGCGUUUGGUUUAGUGUUUUCAGUUCUCUUCCAGGAGGCUUCCAGAUUAGCUUAUUAUAAAUUAGUUCAAAAGGCAGAAAAUGGUCUACAAAAAAUGAUGCAGGAUGGCCAAGCUGGGGCUGAUGAGGACAGUAAACAGAUAAAAUUUAUAAAGAAUCAUCACCUUAUGGCUUUAGUUUGUGGAUUAGCAUUUGGAAUGACUAGUGGUGCAUUUGCCUUGGUUAAUAUAUUGAGUGCAAGCGUUGGUCCUGGUACGGUCGGAAUUCAUGGAGAUUCAGAUCAUUUUUUUAUCACAAGUUCUCUCUUAACGUUUGCUUUUGUAAUGCUCAAUACUUUUUGGCAAGUCAUCUCCUAUGCAGCAUUGGAUAAAAAAUCUUAUUGGCAAGUGGGUGUCGUUGUCAUAUUCCAUCUUCUUGCGUCCUGCUUAACUCUACUUAAUAACCGUGAUCCCCCUAUCUACGCGGCAACUAUUACUCCCGCUUACGUCUUACUCAUUAUCUCUGGUAUAUGGGCUUUUGUUGUAGCUGGUGGUUCACUGUCCGGAAUCAAGGCAUUUUGCGGAUUCUAA